UUGGAGAAAAAAGUACAUCCCCUGCUUUCGGGCUGCUCCCGAAACAGGCUGUAAGCCUGUACAAAAUAGAGGUGCACGCCUGGUGCAAGAUGCCCGAGCCCUUGGGACCAAGGGGAGAUAACGAUCCACUAUCUCAGCCAUUUCUGCCGUGCCUGGGGACGGGACACCACGCGUGGGUCACACCGGGGCACAGCAGCACCGAGGGGUCUCCGGGGAGGCCGCUUGAGCAGGGCUUGGAAACAUCCCUAAGGGAGGGGCAGCAGGGCAGCGCCCCCGAUCUGGAAACCGAACUGCUGCCGACUUUGUGCGAACUUGUGACCCUGGCAAUUAGUUUAGCCUUUUAAGCAUUUAAUUUCCCUGAUUUUGUGUUCCCUUCUGGGCAUGCAUUUUUAUGCACUGGGGCUCUGACUGGCAGAGGUGGCCGGUGUCCACAUCUCCGUAAAGCUGCUGACAGCUGAAGUGCUGGGCAUGUUAGCAAGGUGAAGUCAGACUGCUGAAACAUAUGACAACCAAAAUAAACCAUGUUUUUAGCAAUGUUUCCUCUGUAUGCCUUCAGCAACCAAAUAAUUACAUGUGGCAUGAUUACUAGGAAUAUUACAAAGUAAACCUCAUUACUAGUUAUAAUGCAUGUAUGAGUUAUCCAUUGGAACUGUCUUUAAAGUACAAUUUUAUUCUACAUUUUUUAACACUGAGGCAGUCAAAUGCUGGAAGUAGUUGACCAAAUAUAUGUAAAUUAUUCAUCAUAUGGACUUUUUAUAGCAAGAGCAGAUGUUUUCAGUGAUCUAGUUGAACUACAAGUUAGAGAGCCAUAGCUCCACUAUGGUACAUAGAACUUGGGUGUUUUGUUGCUAACUUAGGUCUUUUAAAGCACCUGCAUUUGUCCCUAAAAUAGCUCAUGAGUCAGGUUUUCAAAAAAGCUCAGCAUCUUCACAGGCACUAAUGCUUGGGCCAUUUUUCUAAGAGCUCUGCAUACUUUGUGUGCGUUUAGUUUAAAAAGCUUUUAUGGGGAAAAAAAUAAUCUCAUUCUUUUACAGGUGACCAAAUAAGAAUCCAGAUUCCCCUGCUUUUAAAUGAAAUUCUUCCUGAGGGGCUGUAUUCAAACACUGUUACUGUGAGUGGCUCUUCCCUGCCUUGCUGGUUGGGGAAACUGGCUGGAUUCACCAGCUGCUGUCAUUUUCAGUACAGUUUCUCUAGGAUUUCACAAUUGCAAAUAGUUCAUUUGGCUCCUCUGCCUUUCAUGAGCCUGUUCUUGGCAGGGCUGUGUGAGAAGAAGGUUGAAGGCAGGUAUGUGCCUUUCUCCUGGGUGCAACAGGCAUUGGGAUGAUCAGACUGUCCUGAGGAAGGGAGCCAGGCAUCCAGAGACAGAGUUUGUGCAGUUAUUGGAGAUGACCUCCUCUGCUUUUGAGUGUAUUCACUCUGAACUUGUCACCUUAGUGAAAAGUUAAUAGUAUGAAAGUAAUAAUAAGCAAGAAUUCAGUUCAAACGGAAAAUAUAUGCAUUUUCUGAAGAUUUGUGGGGGUUGAUACAAGCAUGACAUUAACUUGCAUCUACUCAAUCUAAGCCAGUUCUGUCAGCAAGACUGCAAAGAGGAGUGUCAUAACUUUGCAGCUCAAUAUCAAUUAUUUUUCUUCAAAUAAUUUAAAAUAUGUAAAAGAUGUGCCUAUUUCCUGUCCAAAGAAGAAAUUUUUUGUAUCCAGCAUCAGGAUUCAGGUGUGCACAAUAAGAGAGAAAGGUGAGGCUUUACAUUUAAUUUUGACUCUGAAUCUUCAGUUACAUAAUUUUGUAUUUUGCAUUCUAAGAUGCACUGUAAUAUCCCCCAUACAUUUUCAUUAAUCUUAUGCAGAGCAUGUGCAACAGCUUGCGAUUUUCCUUCAUUCUGCCUCUUCUCAUUAUUUCCCAUUAACAUGGGAUUAUUCCCUGUGUUUAUCACCUUUUUGCACCUAGUCUCUCUCUGCCUUGUGAGUGGGCUGAAUCCUCUGUAAGUAGUCCUGUAACCUACAGCAACAGAGGAUCUGGCUCCCAGUACGUUAUUAGGAAAGGGUUGAGAUGUCAUCUUUAAGACCUAUCUUUUGCAUGGGAAGGAUGAGGUAUAAUUAUGACUAAGGCUGUCCUCUUUAAUUUAAUUAAUAAUAUAAUUUAAUAAUUGUGACCAGGCUGUCCUUUUAUGGUCAAAAAACCAGUCUGUACCAUUGCAUGGCUCUGACUUGUUCCCCUGCUGCUCGUCCUCCCUCAAACACCCUGCAGGACCUCUAGAAGGACCUCUAAAAACUAUCCCCAUUCUCUGUUUCCCAGUUUGGAAAGGAACAGCCCGGAAGGCAUUUCAGUAUCCAUUUUCACUGGCAACUCAUCACUGGCAACUGAUCCCAGCUUAUCUGUCUGUGCAGCAAGUGUUAAAUGUACACAGUUCUUGUUCUUCCUCACUGUGUCACCAAUACCUCCCAUGGCCAAGUUAGGGCAAAUGACAGCUUAGUCACUACAGAACAUCCAUCUGUGAAAGAUUUGCUACCAGGAGUGCAACAUAUUUUAGCUGCAGCUCACUUAUGAGGCAGAUCAAUGUGCUCUCAGAACCUACACGCUCAAGCUGCCCUUAGUUACACCUGAUUACCUGCACUGCCAGGAAGGGUCAGGUGGCACUCGAGUAGAAAGGGAACUUAGGCAGCAGCCAGGCUGGAGAGGCUGCACGUACCAACAGGUGUUGACUGCUGUCUGGGACUGGCCAGCUCUGAUUCCAGCUAUGGGUUACUGUGGAAUGCCCCAGCGCUUCUCUGUGUGUUUAUCUAGCAAUAAGAAAAAAAGUAAAAUAGUUUGGAAAGGUAGUAACUUGAGAAGCAAAAUGUACUCAUGUAUUUAAAGACAAAUUUGAGUUGGUACAGAAUCUGGGUUUGUCUGUUCACUGCCUGUUUGCAGCAGUGAGGAGCCAGCCCAGAGGCACACAUUCUGAGAGCUCAUAGGAGAUAAAAGAAGCUUUUAAAAUCAAUUUUUGAUAACUUUUUUUCCCUUUCCACUGUCCUGAAGCUGAUGUUUCUUUUUAAUUCUCUGGAGAAGAAAAGAAGACAAAAAAUUACCAUCUCUGGUAAUUUGUAUCAUUGCAUUCCUAGUCUCCAUGGAAACAUAUGUGGUGCUCCACAGUUGGAAAUACAUCCCCAAACUGGUUUCCUCUGAAAAGAUGCGGUAACUUCACCUACCUGCUGCUUCUUUACUCCAAGCUUUAUGAACUUGAACACAAAGGCACAUCAUCUUACUAGGACAGCAGAAGGAGACACAGAGAAGUAAUAUACAGAGAGAGACCAAUCUUUUUUGUGACCACAGUCAACCCAUGAAGAGUGAGGGCUUUCAGCCACCUAAAAGUAUUUACUGCAUUUGCUUCAGAAUACUGUGGAGAAAAUGUAUGCUAGUCGAGAGGAUAUUGGAUAUGAUUUUGGAGAUGACUCCAAAGUUGGAAGUAAGCCAAUUAAACCUAAUCCAAACGUUGAUGGAGGAUGGGCUUGGAUGAUCGUACUUUCCUCUUUCCUUGUGCACAUACUCAUCAUGGGCUCCCAAAUGGCCCUUGGAAUACUCAAUAUGGAAUGGCUUGAAGAGUUUAAUCAAAGUCGUGGCUUAACAGCGUGGGUUAGCUCCCUCAGCAUGGGCAUCACACUUAUUGUAGGUCCUUUUAUUGGUUUAUUCAUCAGCAUGUGUGGGUGCCGCACGACAGCCAUAAUUGGAGGGAUCCUGAAUGCCCUGGGUUGGAUACUGAGUGCCUAUGCCUCAAAUGUGCACUACCUCUUCCUCACCUUUGGAGUGACAGCUGGUAUUGGAAGUGGCAUGGUUUAUCUGCCUGCAGUGGUCAUGGUAGGGCAGUAUUUUCAGAACAGAAGAGCACUUGCACAAGGGCUCAGUACCACAGGAACGGGGUUUGGAGCUUUCCUAAUGACUGCCUUACUGAAGUACCUCUGCACUGAAUUUGGGUGGAGGAAUGCCAUGUUCAUCCAGGGGGCCAUUUCCCUGAACCUUUGUGUCUGCGGGGCACUUAUGAGACCACUCUCUCCCAAAGAGCUCCGCGAAAAAUAUGUGGUGGGAAAUGAUAGUGAAGAAAAUCGAGCAAAAGCUCUGUCCCAAUCUACAGAGACUAUAAAAUCUAAUGGAGUCCUUGGUCAAGAACCAGAGAAAAAAGAAGAGGUAGCAAAUGAAGAAGUGCUUGGCAGUGUGCAGCACAUAGAAAUUGGAGGUAAAUCUGGAAGUGAAAGGAGCAUGUAUGGACUGCGCCUCUUUAAGACAGUGAGCCAGCUGACAGUUACAGUCAGGAAGGGCUUUGCACUCUGGUACUCCAGCUACUUUGGAGCUGCAUCGCUGUUUACCAAUAGAGUAUUUGUGGCCUUUAUCAUUUGGGCUUUGUUUGCCUAUAGCAGCUUUGUCAUUCCCUUUAUUCACCUUCCAGAAAUAGUCAAGCAGUACAAAUUAUCUAGGCAGGACAAUGUAUUUCCUUUGACAUCCAUUAUAGCCAUUGUUCAUAUUUUUGGUAAAGUGAUCCUUGGAAUCAUCUCUGAUCUGCCAUGCAUCAGCACUUGGAAUGUCUUCCUCAUGGCUAACUUUACCCUGGUCACCUGCAUUCUUACUUUGCCACUAAUGCAGACAUACAUUGGCCUGGCUGUGGUUUGUGCUCUAAUAGGAUUUUCUAGUGGCUAUUUUUCUCUAAUGCCUGUUGUGACUGAAGAUUUAGUUGGAACUAAACACCUUGCAAAUGCCUAUGGCAUCAUCAUUUGUGCCAAUGGAAUAUCUGCUUUGCUUGGACCACCCUUUGCAGGUUGGAUCUAUGACAUCACACAAAAAUACGAUUUUUCUUUUUACAUAGCUGGAUUGCUAUACAUGGUGGGAAUAAUAUUUUUACUUAUACAACCUUGUAUUCAAAAGAAACAGUCAACAGACAAAUCUACAGAAGAAGCACAAGUAUAGAACAAAUUCCAGAACUUUUUAUAGAACCUUUUUGGUUUUGUGUUUCUCUUGUGUGACAGUAUGAAGAUGUUUUUCUUAUAGAACCAACCACAUUUAGCUGCACUUAAGUGAAAAUCAAACGUGCUCCAUAAGGCUUAUAAAUUAUUGGAAAUGUGCUUUUAAAAUUAGUUAAGAUAUUUUACUUUAGAACUACCAAAUACAGUGAUUAAAAGUACACUGCUAGUAUAUCAUCAAUAUUGGAACAAUGCUAAGAAUACUUACCCUUGCUUCUCUUUUAAUAUUUCACCAUUAACCAUUGGUGAAAAUCCACUGACUGCAGUGCAGUUACUCUGAUUUACACUAGUCCUAUGAGAGAAUUUGGUCAGGACAUGAAUGAUUUAUAAAAGUCCUUUCUAGUAUGUAUUCAAUCUGAUGAAAGAUUAGUUUCUGGGUAUUAGAAAAUGAUUGUAUUUCUUGCCUGGCUACUCAAGUACUGUUGAAAUGCUACUAUAAUAAUUCCAUUAAUUCAGCAUACUAAAAUUACUAUUUCUGUGAUGCAAAUCUGAAGAAAAGUUCUCAUAUAUUUCUGCAAUGAUUGUUGGACUCAAUAGGUCCCUCCCAACCCAGAAUAUUAUGUGAUUCUACUUCAAUGGUUUUUAAUUUUGUUUUUUUAAAGUAUCAACUGCAUCUGAAGUAGCCAUCCUCGAUACAUAGGCUGCAGUUUAAACACUGUGACAUUUAAUGCACCUGAAGUAAAAAAAAACCUAUAAAUGAAGAAACAGGAAACAUAUGGAAAAUAUCAUUGUGACUGGGAAAUGUUUCCAGAAACAGUUUGAGUUCUUUGGCCCCUUUACCUAAUUAGAUUUAUUGUAGAAUUUAAUAACAUUGCCACUGACUCUUUCCAUGGGAAUGAACUCUACUACAGCACACUAAAUUUUGUUAUAAUUUAAUUUAAUUGUUCACCAACUUUGUUAUAUAUGAGCAGUUGUGUUGCUGCUUGUAAUGUACCAUGAGCUGACUAAAAUUCAUCAUGUUUGAGAAAUUUAUUCUCUAGAAAAUUAGAUACUGCAGAGCAUGGAAUAGCUAAAGAGCAUUUAAAAUAUUAAAAUAAAUUUUCUUAACAUUAAGGGUCUGGUAACCAGUGCAGAAGGUGAUGUAUGGUGGUUGAGGGCAUAUUUUUUUCAGCUUUGAGAAGUGAGUCUGAUGUUAAUUUUCCUAUCAAAUAAGAACCACUGUAAGUUUUCAUCCUCUUAGCUUUAUUAAAGUUCUUUGCAUGAUGAAUCAGGUUCUUCGUUUAAUAUUUCUUUGUGCUGCUGGAAUUCCUUAAAAAGCAAUUGAAACUAUUCAAUUAUAUUGAAGAACCGUUGGGAAACAGUUCAGUACACAACAAUAUCAAUAUCCUUAUCUUUCUAGCUGCAAGGCUGGUUAACAAAAAGUUCUGAAUGUGUAUUGUUCUGUAUUGCAAUUCACCAGCUUCCUAGUGUUGCACUUCUACAACUCUUGUCAGGGACAUACUUUAAAGUAUUCCUUAAAGAUCACUGAAGUGAGCCAAGUUAAAAAAUAAAACCUUAAGAAACCCUGAAUUACUUUAAGAUUUAUAUCAGUGCAAUCAUAUAGGGUAGUUAUGUGUGGCCUUUAAAAUUCACAUAAGACAACUGAGGUGGCACUGAACUGCAACACAUGGUGUGAACACACAGUCAGUAACUUCUUAAAAUCAGCUUUUGUUAUUGGAGAAAAUGUGCACGUAAACUUUCACAUCAGUUCUUUGUUACAGGUUAAAUGUCUUCUUGGUGGGAAUGCUGCUGAUGGCUCAUUUGAACUGAGCUUUUUUUUUUGAAAGAUAUGUAUCCUUCAUACAUAGAUCUUCACUUUGUCUUUGUCAAAAGCAAUGGUAUUUGCAUAUUACAGUAAUGAAAAAUGUGUUGUUCACUUGUGAUAUCUGCAAUAGAUCUUUCUAUAGAGGUUCUUACAGGGCCAUAUGUUGGGAAUAAACUUACAUUACCCAAAAAUACACUUUCUGUUCAUUUAUUAGGUUAGUAUGGUAUUUUAGCCACAUAAUGGAAUUUGUAUUUGUCAUUAUCCUAAAAAGAAAUAAUCACAAAGACAAAAUAAUAUAUAUGGAAUUUCUUCUUAUACUUAAAGAUCAACAGUCACUGAAUGUUUCCAUCAUAUUGGUAUGUAGUUCUAGAACAAAAAAUCCUUAAUAUAAAUCAACAAAUAUUUAAGUAUUAAAGCACUGGUUUAUAAAGAAACAGAAUUAUACAAGAACCCUGUAUUCAUAGUUUUUAAUCAAUUUAUAAAAUUCAAGUUUAGUACUUGACAUGUUAAAAAAUUGUAAACUCCUUACACUCCUCAAAUAUGAAACGAUUAUAUCCAAAUACUGAAAUCACUGGUUUAAUACUUGAGUCCUAGAUCUAGGCAAUUGUAAAUGAUAUAUUAAUUACCCUCUAUAAAUGACAAUGCCACAGCGUCUGCUAUAAGCCAUGGAGUACCUGGAGCAUAGAUACAAAACAGAGAAAUCAGAAUGAAGAAAUACAAAGUAGCCACAACCCGUUCUAUUGCAGUAACUGCUAUGAUGCUGAUAAAACACAAUUUCAGGAUGCCCAACCUAUCCAACAUUGUAAUAUUUACAUGUUGCUCCUGGUAAAACAUAUUUUAUUUUUCCUCUUUCAAUCCUUAAAAAGUCUGUUUUCUGUAGUAAAUAAGAAAAGUCUGUGUGUCUGACCCAAUAA